UAAAAUUAUUCGGAAAUAACAAAUUAAGAAAAAAAAUAUUUUUUAUAUAAAAAAUUGUAGUAUAGUUAAACUGCUUUCCGUAUUAACAGUGUUGUGAUAAAUGAACUAAGAUUUAAAUAUGACGAAAAUGUUCAAAAUUUUAUGUUUGUCAUUAAUUUCUUUGUCUGUGUCGGCAAUAGAAUACUCCAAAGUUAAUCAAGGCAUAUCUAAUGGAUUUCUUUCAGACUGUCCUGGGUCGACAAAGCCUGCCAAGAUCAAGCAUAAAUCCUUAGAACAGCUAAAACUGGCCGUUUUAGGACCAGGAAACGUGCUAUUGGCACAAUGGUCUGAGUACAAUUACUUCCAAAUGAAGAAAUUAUCCAAAAAUCCUGAACUAGACUUCACGAAAAAGACGAUUGUGUAUUUUCCUGGAUAUUUUGAAACGAAUGUGCUCCCUGGUCCGAGAACAAUUGGAUCUUUGUACAAGGAAUUGGGAUACAACGUGCUUAUUUUGGAUUACUUUUAUUUCACCGUCAAUCAUUUCCCACUAGCAGCACGCAUGGUUCGGCCAGUAGGCAAACAUGUAGGCGAAAUGCUAGCUAACCUAACAACGUUGGGGUUAGAUCCCAAAAAGCUGGAACUAGUCACUUUUAGUCUCGGCGGCCACGCCGCAAGCUUCGCAGCCAAAAACUACCGCCAACUGACCGGCAAAAAUAUCUCAGCUAUCACCGCUUUGGAACCAUCUGGGCCUUGCUUCAGACACCUCGGACCCGACCAAAGACUAGACCCGUCUGACGCCGACUUCGUAUUCACUGUACAUUCGAAUAUAGACGCUUAUGGCAUAGCAACUCCACUAGGACAUGUAUCAAUAUUUGUCAACGGAGGCGAAUAUCAGCCGAAUGAGGUUUGGAGCAUACCUUGCACCAUUUUCUGUAGUCAUUCGAAAACGUAUUUCUUGUGGAUGUCAGCACUUAUAAAUCCUGGCAUUUUCGUCGCGAUGCAGUGUGAUUCUGUUCAGCAGGCGAGGGACGGAAAUUGCUACGAGAGGAAACCUACAGUGUCGAACACUAUGGAUAUAUUUGUUGAUAAAAGUAAGCCGGGGAUAUAUUAUCUGCCUACGUUUAACCGAUACCCUUACGGGCUGGGAACGAAGGGUUUGAAGAGGGAAGAAAACCAGUAUGUGAAGCAUUUGAAUUGGCUGAAUGCGGAGGAAGUGCUGACGAUGUAGGGGAGAUAAAGGCAAUCUUGGGCGAUGUGUGAUGGCAGAAUUUAUUGUCAGAUUUCUUAUUAACAUGAAAAUACGUACGAGAAGAAUUUCUGAUGAGGAACUCGUGAGUUACUCUAAGUUGGUGGGCUUAAGUUACUACCAUAGUCACUGGAAAAUAAAAUAAUUCUAAAUUA